AUGGCGUGGCGUUCGCACGGCGUGGACAACGACUCGCUCGUUCGCGCGCUGGAAAAGAAUGCGAUAAUCAAGUCGCCGCGCGUCGCGAACGCGAUGCGCGCGGUCGAUCGCGGGAACUACGCGCGACACAAGGAAAAAGAAGAAGCGUACUACGAUCACCCGCUGCCGAUCGGGUACCACGCGACGAUAUCCGCGCCGCACAUGCACGCGGCGUGCUUGGAACUCUUCGAGCAAGCCGACGCGACGCGACGAGGCGCGAAAGUGUUGGACGUCGGCUCGGGCUCUGGGUAUCUCGCCGCGUGCUUCGCGGAGUUGGUGACGAGCGAGGCGUUUCGAAACGGGGAGAAGGAUGAAACGGGCGAGGGAAUCGUCGUCGGGAUCGAGCACAUCGAGGAAUUGGUGGUCGACAGUCUGAAAAACGUCGAGCGGGACGGUAAAGGUCGAUUGUUGGAGACGAAACGGUUGAUGCUUUUCGCGGGAGACGGGCGAAAUGGGUACAAACCCGAGGCUCCGUAUGACGCAAUUCACGUUGGAGCGUCGACGCCGAGUGUUCCGGAUGCGCUUCUUGAGCAACUCGCCGUCGGAGGUCGUCUCGUGAUUCCAGUCGGCGAUUCGAGCGGGCAGGCGUUGAAGGUGAUCGAUCGACUCGAAGAUGGCACCUUUAAGCGGCGAACGGAGAUGGGGGUGAUUUACGUGCCCUUGACCGAUCGCGCGUCGCAGCUCUCUCUUUUCUGA